AUGUCCCAAAUAGACGUCCUCAUCAUUGGCGCAGGACCAACAGGUCUGGUUCUCGCUCUUUGGCUCCAUAAACAAGGCAUUAAAGUUCGCAUUGUUGACCAGGCAGAUGGUCCUGCAAAAAACUCUCGAGCCCUCGCCGUCCAUGCGCGCAUCUUGGAGUUGUAUCGGCAGCUCAACCUGGCUGAUGAACUAGAGGCAAACGGGUACCCGGUACUCGCAACCAACAUUUGGGUCGAGGGCCGACACCGUGCACGUAUCGGACUGUCAGAAUUCGCUCAAGAACUGACACCGUAUCCGUAUAUUCUAAUGCUCUCACAAGACGACCAUGAACGCAUACUCGAAAACAAACUCCGGUCCUUUGGAAUCACUGUUGAACGAAACACAGAAUUUUUGCGAUACUUGGAUCGUGAGUCUGGCAUAACGGCAACUUUCUUCCAAAAAGACAAUGGAAAUGAAAUCAGCUGUGACGCAUCAUAUAUUGUUGGCUGCGACGGCGCGUAUUCGGCAGUGCGACGGGGAAUUGGCGCCAAAUACGAAGGGGAUACUUAUAUCCCCUUGUUUUAUAUUGCGGACCUUGAAGCCACAGAUGAAGAUAGCCCUCUGUUCAACGGCGAAGGGCAUCUAAGGAUCAUGGAUGACAAAUUUACUCUGAUACUACCUUUUUCCGACAGUAGGCGUGUCAGAGUGGUUGGCACUAUCACACCAAACGGCGAUCAGAAAGUCGACAUGUCAAGCCCUCACCCAGAUGUCAGUUUCGAAGACGUACUCCCAGAUAUAAGGACAGCAUUGGGAAUCAGCAUCAAAAAACUGAAUUGGUUCUCUACGUAUCGAAGUCAUCAUCGUGUUGCCGACAAAUACCGUAAUAAUCGAGCAUUCCUCGUCGGGGAUGCCGCGCAUAUCCACAGCCCCGUGGGUGGCCAAGGCAUGAACACUGGUAUCAUGGACGCCAUUAAUCUUGCAUGGAAGCUUGCCACCGUGAUUAAGAAUCCCGAAAUGAACGAAUCAUGCAAGAAAAGCCUCCUAGAUUCCUAUGAGACCGAACGCCGCUCCUUCGCACUCGAUGUCGUCGGUGCAACUGACCAUGGCUUCACUGUUCUCUCGGGCAAGGGAUUCUUUUCACGCCUCUUGCGCAAUUGGAUCAUUCCAUAUCUCGUCCCAAUACUCACCAAGUUUGACUUCGCAAGAAAUCAAAUCUUCCGGCGGGGCUCCCAGCUUGUCUGCAACUACCGUGGAAGUCCACUGAGCCAGAACAUUGAAAAUUCAGGUUCGGAGAAGAUACAACCAGGUGAUCGGUUACCAUGGGCAAAGACCGAAUUGUCGGAUAAUUACUCGACAAUCCACCACAUCUCCUGGAGUCUCCAUGUUUACGGUGCCAAACGACCAGAGCUGGUCAAGUGGUGCAAUGGAAACAGUCUUCAGCUUGCGGUAUUCGAGUGGGACCCGCAGUACGACAAAGUCGGCUAUAAGCAGGAUGCUGUUUAUCUCUUGCGACCAGAUCACUACAUUGCAGCCAUAUUCGAAGGCGAGUCUGUGGAAACAAGUCUUGAAGAAUAUUUUUCUUCGCACGGCCUGGCAUACUAG